CGAGCGGAGUGACCUGCAGCCACUACGAAGUAACUAAACCACCGUCCGUCCAGAUUCCGGACACUCAUCACACGUUUGCACUCUCGACCGGCCUUCAUGUCCACGCUUUGGCACGCUACGCGACAUCGAUAAACUGAGUUCCUCGCCAUCCGCCCCCGCUGAAGGAAAACUCUCCAGAGGACUGGCCAUUAGCAACCGGGCCUCGUCGGCGACGACGCUCCACACGACGCCAGCUCUCUCAUCCAACUUGAACACGCGCCAUCGUCAUCACAUCACCACAACCCUCACUCCCCCGGCGGCGGCGCGCUUGCCCGCCCGCCCGCCCGCCCGGCUCACCAUGGCGCGCCGCACGUACAACAUCGCCAUGGUCAGCGACUUCUUCUUCCCGCAGCCCGGGGGCGUCGAGUCGCACAUCUACCAGCUCUCGAGCAAGCUCAUCGACCGCGGGCACAAGGUCAUCAUCAUCACGCACGCCUACGACGACCGCAAGGGCGUGCGCUACCUCACCAACGGCGUCAAGGUCUACCACGUGCCCUUCCUCGUCAUCUACCGCCACACCACCUUCCCCACCGUCUUCUCCUUCUUCCCCAUGCUGCGCUACAUCUGCAUCCGCGAGCGCAUCGAGAUCGUCCACGGCCACGGCAGCCUCAGCAGCUUGUGCCACGAAGGCAUCCUCCACGCCCGCACCAUGGGCCUGCGCGCCGUCUUCACCGAUCACUCUCUCUUUGGCUUCGCCGACGCUGCCAGCAUUCUGACCAACAAGCUGCUCAAGUUUACGCUCAGCGACGUGGACCACAGCAUAUGCGUGAGCCACACGUGUAAAGAGAAUACCGUCCUGCGCGCCUCGCUGGACCCUCUUAUGGUCUCCGUCAUCCCCAAUGCCAUCGUCGCGGAGAGCUUCCGUCCGCGCGACUAUCCGCCCUCCCCCAUGUCCAGCACCACCGGCGCCGUCACCUUUGCCCCCGAGACGUCGCCCAACCGCCUCGGCCCCAACGACAUGAUCACCAUCGUCAUCAUCUCCCGACUCUUCUACAACAAGGGCACCGACCUGCUCACCGCUGCCAUCCCCCGCAUCCUCGAGGACCACCCCAACACGCGCUUCAUCAUCGCCGGCUCGGGCCCCAAGGCCAUCGACCUCGAGCAAAUGAUUGAGACCAACGUCCUCCAGGACCGCGUCGAGAUGCUCGGCCCCAUCCGCCACGAGGACGUGCGCGACGUCAUGAUCCGCGGCCACAUCUACCUCCACCCCUCCCUCACCGAGGCCUUCGGCACCGUCAUAGUAGAGGCGGCCAGCUGCGGCCUGUACGUCGUCUGCACCCAGGUCGGCGGCAUUCCCGAGGUCCUGCCCUCCCACAUGACCACCUUCGCCAAGCCCGAGGAGGACGACCUCGUCCUCGCCACCGGCAAGGCCAUCACCGCCGUCCGCGCCGGCAAGGUCCGCACCGACAGGUUCCACGACCAGGUCCGCAAGAUGUACUCGUGGGCCAACGUCGCCCUGCGCACGGAGCGCGUCUACGACGGCAUCUCGGGCGCCAUCUCCGAGGAGGACUUCUACGGCUUCGACACGAGCGGCUACAGUGGCAGCCGCGUCCGCGACUUUGCCCUCAUAGACCGCCUCAAGCGCUACUACGGCUGCGGCAUAUGGGCCGGCAAGCUGUUCUGCCUCUGCGUCGUCAUCGACUACCUCUUCUUCCUCUUCCUCGAGUGGUGGUUCCCCCGCGAGAACAUUGACAUAUGCCCGGACUGGCCGCGCAAGACGCUCGACCCCGGUGGCAACGGCAAGAAGGCCGGUGUCGCCGCCUCCGCCGCCGCGAGCAACAGGUCCAGUGGCUCGCACGGCGCGACGGCCAAGUUGGAUUGAACGAGCCCCAGCAGCGACCUGACGAUAAUAAUUACGGAUUGAAUGAAAGACUUUGUAUGCUGGUAAUAAUAGCCUCGGGAGGAGCAUGAUAAUGCAGGUCUCCGAGGCAAGGGGAGAAAGCCUUGGCUCCAAGCGCUCAACCUCAGAGCAGAGACAGCCUUAGAACAUUAAUAUACCCGACGCAGCGUUUGAGAGGAUGUUGGUGGUCGUAGAAAUUGCACGCUAUCUACACAUCGAUACAUUGACAGUCGCUCAGGAGCGCGCUCUCACCGGAGCGUUGACGCUGCCUUGGGCUAUGUACCAUCCUCACGACCCCAGCCGUCAACCCCUCGUCCCUAUCCGUCGCCUCUUCCCGAUGCUGGCUGCCGCGCCGCCGUCUCCCGCCAGUUCGUCCUCGUCCUCGGCCGUGUCGUCGGCCGGGGUCGCCACGCUCGCCUGGCGCGUGGCCGACAGCGGCGGAGGCACGCCGCGCUCCUUCUCGGCGCUGCGCAGGUCGCCCAGCAGCUUCUCCACCUCGACGAACAUGCUGCGCGUAUUCUUGACCACCCCGUUUUCGUCAACGUGGUACCCAACCACC